GGUUUCUAUACGACGAUGAUGUCCAUUCAUUGUCCAUCCUGAAUCCUACGUACAUCUGCUGAGAGUUGUUCAGCUUUUGUGAUUUUGCGAAGAUCCAGAUACAAUCCUGAUUCACUCUUGAAAAUUUUGAGUCUUUUUAGCUUGGAUUUAUCACGAUUCACCAUGUCGUAUGAGAUGGUUUCGUGACGGCCAGGUGACGGCAUCCAAAUAAUUUUUAUGGGCUUCACCCUGCUUUACCCUUACUUCGUCAGGCCUCGACGCUCCGAUACAGUCAUCCAUAACAAGGAACCAUGUGCUCCAAGCCUCCAAUUCAUCCAGCUUGCAUUUAAAAACGCACCGUCAGGAUCGAAUCAACCCCAAAACUGCUGGCCAGUUCCCCGUCUCUUUAUCUCUUCCAAAAGACUUGUCUCCUGGCGAUCUACCAUUAGUUGUCGCUUUCAUUCAUUCCCAAAUUUGAACUCCCCUCAGUCGCUGAAAAAUGCAUUUUCACGGUCCUGUGUAUAUUCUUCUCGGUCUUCUCGCUGCUUAUUCUGCUCCUUUCGAUGUCACUAGCGAUGGGUCUCAAUCAAUCUCUCGCACAAAAUUGACCAGCCGGGGGUUGCCGCUGAGCGGCUAUGUUGACUAUAGCUCCUCCAAUGCUACCAACCAUUUCGGCGAAGCGCAUACUACGGUUUACGAAGUUUGUUUUACAUCGCCAGAAGCACAACCUCGGAGGCAUGGUGGAGCUCGUCGACAUCGAGCAUCGCGAUGGCCUCGUCCAACUCAACAGCAGGUAGUCCAGCAGCAGGUGGUCCAACAACGAUUGGCCAGUCAUCUUGGCGUUACGCUGGAGCAAAUCUCAUUGGGUGAUACUCUUCCAUUUGAAGAUCCUACAGGAAGUUACAUAUUUUGGUAUCGUGAAAGAGGAAGUGAUGGCCCGUGGAAUAACGAUUCACUCUCCAGAGGGAGAGCGUAGUUGCCGAGAGUUAAUAGUCUAAGUCACCCGGCCGAGCAGUUCCACCGGAACAUUGCAUUUUCUAGUGGUGAACUUUUUUUCCGCUGCUCGUUCAAUGUGUUGGCAGGGUAGGUUUGUCCUGGCCUCGUAAUAGUCCUGGCCACGGUCGUAGAUAAAGAGUAGAUAUAUGCAGAUAUAGGGAAGGGUGGGGUGCUGUUUACUGUUUUUUUGACUACAAGUUGUACACUGAACCGCAAAAUGUGUACUGCACUCGGGCUUUCACAGAUAUAAUUUUUUAACAUAUACU